AUGAAGGCCUCGGGAACGCUUCGAGAGUACAAAGUGGUGGGGCGCUGCCUGCCCACCCCCAAGUGCCACACGCCACCCCUCUACCGCAUGCGCAUCUUUGCACCUAACCAUGUUGUCGCCAAGUCCCGCUUCUGGUACUUUGUGUCUCAGCUGAAGAAGAUGAAGAAGUCCUCGGGGGAGAUCGUCUACUGCGGGCAGGUGUUUGAAAAAUCCCCCCUUCGCGUAAAGAACUUCGGCAUCUGGCUGCGCUACGACUCCCGCAGCGGCACCCACAACAUGUACCGCGAGUACCGGGACCUGACCACCGCCGGCGCCGUCACCCAGUGCUACCGCGACAUGGGGGCCCGGCACCGAGCCCGCGCCCACUCCAUCCAGAUCAUGAAGGUGGAGGAGAUCGCCGCCAGCAAGUGCCGCCGACCGGCGGUCAAGCAGUUCCACGACUCCAAGAUCAAGUUCCCGCUGCCGCACCGCGUCCUUCGUCGCCAGCACAAGCCACGCUUCACCACCAAGAGGCCCAACACCUUCUUUUAA